GCAAAGGGGCGGGGAAGGAGGCGGGGGACUCUGCUUUUAAGCUUCCCUAUUGCAGUGAGGCAUUAAAUGAGUGAGAAGGGCUGAACCCUGUACUGCGCAAACCCGACGCCGAAUCCGCACCGCAGGCAGCUCGUCAGCCUCUCCCUAUUGGAAACGCUUCAGACGCCUCUUAGGGACGCACCUGAUGACUAGCUGAUCGGAUAAGUUGUCUUGGCGGAGUAACGAAAAUACCCGCGGACAAAAUAAAUAAAUACAAAUCACAAUGAAAAAGCGGAGUUUGAACAAGUUCUUGGGACGGAAGGCGGCUAAUUCUUCCCUUUUUAGCCCGCAAAGCAGCAGCGGCACAGGCGGGCUGACCUCGACUAGCACGCCGAUCCAGCUGACGGACUGGGAGAACAUGAACGCGGUCGUGUCCUCGGCCUCGUUCCCAGACUCCGGGACAGCGAGUGUGCGAGCCAGGCCCAAGGUGAACCUCUUCCCUCGUUUCACUGGUGCUCCAGAGAUCCAAGGGUUUGCCGUUCCCACUCCGACUGUACCUGCUUCCCACAAAGGACCUGCAAGCCCAGCACCAGAAAAUGAUGUGAGACUCAAUGGAAACUCCGAAUGGAACCCAUUACUGCACUCUCUGGUUCCCGAUUACAUGCAGGAGGAAAAUAUUUACAUCCCUCCACCUCCGGCGAUGGCUCCCCCUCCUCCUCCACAGUUCGCCCCGCCCCCCCCACCCUUCCAGGCUCCUGCAGUGGCACCUCCCAAUCCUCCAAAGACCGCCCCUCCAACGACCCCAUCACCGAUGCCUCCAAGUUUUCCACCAGCGCCUCCCCCAGUGCAGUCCAGCUACAGUGACACAGGGAAAUCCUCAGACAACAACCUCCCUGACCUCCCUGACCUCCCGCGCCCCAAAUUUGCUCCUCCCCCGCCCCCUUCACAAAAAGAACCUCUUCAGCAACUGGUCACCCCUUUGCCUCCCCCCACAGCCAAAGCCCUCAAAGUGCCACCCCCCAAGCCCGUCCGAUACUCCUCUAUGCAACAUCUCGAUAUCGUCUCCCAGCAGUCGGGGCCUGUGGAGAUUCAACGUAACCCCCAGAACAAAGCCCGGUUCUCCAGCUUCUUGCCUUCAUCCACCGUGGACAGCAAGGCCGACCGGGAGCAGAAGGCAAAGUCCAUGGUGAUCUUGCAGGAUUCAGCCACCGAAGAUCUACCCGCCCCAGCAAACGGCAAAUACCCUGCCAGGGUGCCAGCCAGCAUGCCAGCCAGCGAUCCCAAAAUGAACUAUGGUGUGCCGGUCAAGCCAGCGAGAAAGAACAGCUCAGGGAUCCAACUAGCCCAGGAGGUGGAGAGCUUGCAGGACAACGUGCCGCAUUCUUACCCCAGUUCCGUGAACAAGCCAAACCCUGCGCUUCCCGCUCCAGUGCUUGCAGACUACAGCAAACCAAGUAAUUAUUCUCCAUCAGAUUCACUAUCCAGGGAUGUCUCACCACCGGCUGAGAAAGGAGAGGUGGAUUCCAAACCUGUGUGCAAGGUGGACAGCGAGUCACGGAGCUGGCACGGCAGCUCUGUGCUAAUAAGCAGCCCAAACCAGCAGCUGCCACCGGCGCCAAAUAUUCUUCAGACCAAAGUGUUGCCUUCUCAUUCCAAGGAGGAACUGUCCCCCCCGGCACCUGAGAAAAAAGACGGUCCCAAGUCUCCCAUGGACCUCCUGCUCGCUGCUAAAAGGAGAGCGGAGAAAGGGCGCAGCCUGCCCAGGCAGAGCAGCCAGAGUAGCAUCAACUGCUUUCCAGACUCUUCCACCAGGGAGAUGACCUCCGUUCAAAUUCAUCAGAGCCCGUCCAAUCCCAACUCCUUCAUCAUCACCCCCAGGGCAGACGUGGACGAACGGGAACCACGGAUCCCAGGAUCCGGAGCCUCUCCGCCAACGCGCUCACGGUGGCAGGACCAGACGGCAGCUGAGGGGUGCCCCAGUAACCCACACGUUCCAGCUGUGGUGUCGCUGAAGCACCAGAAGGGUGUAGAGAGCUCGGAGUUUCUACAGGGAGAGCAGCUGUCCUCCACACCGCUGGUCCAGAACCUCUUGCAGUCCCAAAGAACCGACACCAGAAAUAAUCUUUCAGCAUCGGAGCUCGUCAGGAAACCAGAACCUACCUCCAACUCUAAUCUUAAACCCAUCUUCAGGAAAGAAGAAAGCGAGGAAGAUUUCGGCUUCAUCCCACCACCCCCAGAAUUUGCUAACACUGAUGAAGAGGAGGAAGAAGAACCAUCUCCCAACUCGCCCUAUAAUAAACCAAUCUACCAACGGACUGUUAACCCCCCACCCAGUCCCCAAACAAACUGGAGGACUGCUUCCAAUGGGACGGACAGAGUCCCAGGUCCCCCUGUUCCGAAAACAAAACCGCAAAUGAUUCCCGCAGCUCCUCGUCUCCCAACCAGCCCAGCUGACUUGAAACUUACAGAAAGGACUAAACCCAGCUUCACCAUGCAUCCGUCAAGCAGCCCAAAGCCAGCCCCCACUCUUGCAUCCGUCACUCUCCAAAGUAUCCUGCAGAAAAAGAUGCUGGAAAUGGAUUUAAAGCAAAAAUUCACCCCAGCAGAGAGGGACAACAACACAUGGUCAACCGACCAACCUGCAGAGCCUCGGAUCAGCACAGUGAAGCCAGGCUUUCAGCCGGCCAGGAGCAACACUGGGGGGUCCAACUUGCAGCCCGAUGAGGUGAAAAAAAACAUGAUGAACGAACUGAAAACCCAAGUGAAGAAAAAGUCUCCCGAGGCACCAGCACUGGCUAGCAAGGUCGUUAAAAGCAGUUCCCCGCAGAACAGUUCUAAGCAGUCACACGGCAUGACGUUCACCGUGCGACCCGGAACCAAGCAACCAAUCACGCUGCUGCGUCAAGGACAGCCAUGUUAACAGGGGGAAGCAAACCAAGCCUCCUCGUCUGGCACAAGCCAGACUCACUGGGACUUCCAUGGCAAAGACUCUUACCUUUGGAGUUCUGUCUCAGGAUUACAAAACAGUGCGAUUGUACAGAACUGUAUAUAACCAGCGUUCAAAACACAGGGCUGUGCAGAGGGCUGAGGAAGUUAACUUUUGCUGAUGAUGUACAGAAACCUAAAAAGCACUUCAUCUCGGCUGACAGAAAACGUUUUACCAUUGUUUUCUACUCCCACAUAUCCAUUCAUGUACAGGGUGAUUAUAAAGCCAGUUAGACACUUUGCAUUGCUCUGUCUGGGAGGGGGAGUUCCAGAAGCACAGUAUGCAAGCGCUAAAGGCGUGCAUUUAAUCCUCAUGUGGAUAUCAUGCUGUCACGACUGUAAGGGAGCAAUUGCCCAUGUGGAAGCUGCUUCAGUAAAAAUGCAAUCAGAUUUCACAAUGUGUCAAACAGGAUGAAAGACCCGCCCCUUUUAAAAUGCCACGUUAAACAUUGACAAAGCCUGGUCAUGAAACCCAGUUACGGCAGCACCAGCCUCUGAGGUGAUUGGGAGCGGUCUGAACCGGCAACACACUUUUGCAGCGCAGCGUUGAUUUCUAAUAGUUUUGUUUCUUAGUGCCUGAUAUGUAACAGUAUAGAGGCUAAGCUCUUAUCAGCGUGCCCAGGGCCAGACGUUAAGUUUUGGUCAAAAAUGAGGAAGAUAACACUGUCACUUUGUUCUGAAACAAGAACAAAUGUUAGUUUCUGCUUGCUGAUUAUUGUAUUGUGUUUGAGGGAAUGGGGAAAGCAUGUACAUUGUAUAGACGUCUUAUUUAACGUUUUCUCAAUUAUGAAGGCAUAUUUAAUAAAGGUCACGUCAGGAUUGUUUCUCCAGCCUCUUCCCCCAGGUGUCUUGUUUUCACUGAUGCACACAAUGCCUUGACAUUUUAAAUAGGAUUUGCUUGGUUACAUAUUUAAAGAGAGAGGAGAGUCCAGCCUUAACUGAGCCAAACAGAUCGUGAAUGUAAACUGAAGAGACAAGAGCCAGGCGAGACUUUUUGGAAACGAAGUAAACGUUACUCAAAGUCUACUGUUCACAGCCCCUGCUGACUGAGCGUGCAGCCGUGUGCCAAGAUUGUAAAGAGCGCGGCCACCAGUUCACAGUAACCCUGUGUGAAAUCCUUGGAGAGCACACUCUCUAUUCAUGGUACACAGUGGCUGUGUACAGUGCCCCCCUCGCCACUCUGUCACACACACUACAAUGAGGAAUACGGAGGGUAGCUUUACACUACGAGAGUCUGCACGUGACAGCCAAACAUGAACGGCUUCUCAACUUAUCCUACUUUGCAUUCAAACUGUGAAAUGCACCCAUCAUAAACACUUCGG